AUGAUUACCAAGGACUUCAUGGCCUUGUUGCCUUCCCUUUUACCUUUUCCAAAAUUAUGCUUGAACAACACGUUAAUCGAAAGCCUUGUGAAGGGAAAUAUUGAUCUUUGUGAAGGAAUUGGAGGAGAAGAUGAAGCAUUAAGAGCGGGUGCUAUAGGUGUGUUGAUGUUGGUCCCCACUUUACCCGAUCACGUAGAAUCUUACCCCUUGCCAGCAUGCUUUAUUCGAAAGAAAGAUGCCUCUAAAAUAUUUAAAUACAUUAGUUCCACAAGGAAUCCAGUAGCAAUAAUAUUCAAGACUUAUGUGUUAAAUGAUACUUCGGCACCCGUGGUUGCCAGUUUCUCAUCUAGGGGUCCAAACACCGUUAUGUCUGAUAUAUUGAAGCCCGAUUUAUCCGCUCCUGGUGUAGAUAUUUUAGCUAGUUGGCCUUCAAAUAGUCCUAUCUCUGAAAAUCCCAAAGAAACAAGAAAAUUGGAGUUUAAUAUAUUAUCAGGAACAUCUAUGGCAUGUCCGCAUGUGUCUGGGGCAGCAGCAUACCUCAAGUCAUUCCAUCCUACAUGGUCUCCUGCUGCUAUCCGUUCGGCUCUAAUGACGACAGCUAAAAAGAUGAGCCCUACAAAAAAUAAAGAUGCGGAGUUUGGUUAUGGAGCCGGUGAAGUUGAUCCUGUGAAAGCAUUGCAUCCUGGUUUAAUAUAUGACGCUAAUGUAGACGAUUAUAUUAAGCUUCUAUGUGGAUAUGGCUUGACUACAACCACUCUAAGAACACUCACCGAAGAUGAUAGCAAUUGCUCGAAAAUAACACCUAUAUCAGCAAGAGAUUUAAACUAUCCAUCAUUUGCUUUAAAAGUCUCACAUCCUAGACAACAUAUUAGUGGGAGAUUCCGUAGGACUGUCACCAAUGUUGGAACACCAGUCUCUACUUAUAGAGCAGUUGUGACAGUUCCUAAAGGAUUACAUAUUUAUGUGAUUCCAAGGGUUUUGUCUUUCACUUCGCUGGGAGAAAACCACACGUAUGUUGUCAUUGUGGAUGGAGUAUUGAAGAAACCUAUUGAAUCUGCUUCAAUAACUUGGGAUGAUGGAUAUUUUAAAGUCAGAAGUCCAAUUGUUGUUUUCGACGAUCGAGCCGAGAAAGUUGCAACAUCUCUAAAUUCCGACAGAAAAUUUGUUAUCAUUACUGUUGUUGUUAUUUUUUGUAUUAAUUUUAUUAUUUUUGCUAUUAGUUUUAUUAGAUUUAUGGGGUGGUGUACUUUUCUGUAA